AUGGAUGCGACCGCGACAGCGGAUUCCGGCGGAAUUUCUGCUGAAGAUGUCACAGUCACCUACCGGAACGGCCAUACCGCGCUCUGGAAUGCCAGCUUUGCCAUUCCAAAAGGUACGGUGACUGCACUGGUCGGGGUCAACGGCGCAGGAAAGUCGACGCUUUUCAAGGCCAUUAUGGGGUUCGUUCCAGCUGCCAGAGGCAGGAUCAGAAUUUUGGGCCUUCCGGUUCGUGAUGCGCUUCGCAAGAACCUUGUCGCCUAUGUUCCGCAGUCCGAGGAAGUUGACUGGUCCUUUCCGGUUCUGGUCGAGGAUGUGGUCAUGAUGGGCCGAUACGGCCAUAUGGGCUUUUUUCGCCGUCCCGGAAAAUCCGAUCAUGAAGCCGUCGAUCAGGCACUCAUGCGCGUCAACAUGCAGGAUUUCCGGCACCGCCAGAUCGGCGAGUUGUCCGGCGGCCAGCGCAAGCGCGUGUUUCUUGCCCGGGCCCUGGCGCAGGACGGGCAGGUCAUAUUGCUUGACGAGCCGUUCACCGGCGUUGACGUCAAGACAGAGGAACAGAUCGUCGCGUUGUUGAAGGAAUUGCGUGACGAGGGCAGGGUGAUGCUCGUCUCGACGCACAAUCUGGGCUCGGUGCCCGAAUUCUGCGACCGGACCGUGCUGGUGAAGGGAACUGUCUUGUCCUACGGCGAAACGCAAACGACUUUCACCCGUGAAAAUCUGGAGCAGGCUUUCGGCGGCGUCCUGCGACACUUCACGAUUUCCGAUCAGACGCUCCAUACCGACGGCGACCAGCGCAAGGUAACCAUCCUGACUGAUGACGAGCGUCCCUUUGUUCAGUACGGCGAUGAAACCCAGACGACCGAAGGCGGCAGCUGA